CGAAAAAGAGGAGGGAGAAGACAAGGAGGAAACAAGAAAUAACAUAGAAACGAUUUAUUGGAUCAUUUCUAAACGUUUCUUUGUGGGUGUUUGGCAUUCUAAGAAUGACGAGAAAGACGUGAUUUUUUUUCCUAUACAUGUUUCUGUUGGAGUUAGUGAAAUCUGUUUUCGAGUGCAUUGUGGAUAGGCUGGAUGUUGAGUGGGGCGUCGUAAGAAGGGACAUUUGAUUUACCAUCGUGUUUUACAUUGAUAUGCAAUUGUUAUAUAUCAGAGCAGCAUAGGACAGUGUAUAGAGAAGCUCUGAACAACUAGAAACUCUGGGUUGCUACGCAAAACAACGGAAUGUCGCUCUGUAAGCAGUGUCAGAACUGAAAAGAUUCCCAUAGCUGUUCAAAGUCUUUUUUCCGGAGACAUCGGUUUUGGACAGCAUGCUUACACAAUAGGUUCAAAAGUGAAAUUUGGUAGGCUUUAAUACACAAGAAAAGAAGAGAUUGGGGCACAUAUUAUUAUUAUACUGUUCAACACCGUUUGGAUAUGCAAAACCAACUUUGAGAAUGAAGAAAAGGAAAUGUGUGUUCCCGGUAGUUCACAUUGCUCUGUCUGUUUAGAAGGGAAUUUACGCAUUACAUCAACUUUUUUCAAUUUUUGUCGUGAAUUUAUGCAUGUUUUUGGUCAGAAACUCACGUCACUUAUCCAAAAGACUGAACUGGACAUAUUCUGACUAUUCUGCACUGAACAUAGUCUAUUUGAACAGAGCUGGACAAAUUGUGAGCUGGAGCAAAUAAUAGAAACUUAAUCGGAAAACUAAAGUGUAACAUUAUUUUACCGUAUUUAUAAAGUUAUCAGUUUCACUAUUACGUUGAGAAAAAAUACAACUAAUAACAUUUUCAUUACGAUUUGGAUUUCAACACUGGUGGAAGUAUUGCUUCCAUUGCGCGCUGGAAGCAGCUGAAUUUUGCACACUGAGGCGGCUGUCGAAUUUGGUUGUGGAACUCUCCCCCCAAGCUGACAUGGAGGAGUGGAGGCAAUGCGGGCGGUGGUUGAUAGACUGCAAGGUUUUGCCCCCAAACCACCGGGUCGUGUGGCCUUCUGCAGCUGUGUUCGACUUGGCACAGGCGCUACGAGACGGAGUGCUCUUGUGCCAGAUGUUGCACAACCUGUCACCGGGGUCUGUGGACCUAAAGGAGAUCAACUUCAGACCCCAGAUGUCCCAGUUUCUCUGUCUGAAGAACAUCCGGACGUUCCUCAAGGUGUGCCACGACAAGUUUGGCCUGCGUAACAGUGAGCUGUUUGACCCCUUUGACCUGUUCGAUGUCAGGGAUUUCGGCAAGGUGAUCUCAGCCCUGUCCAGGAUCUCCCACCACAGCAUUGUGCAGAUCAAAGGCGUGAGGCCUUUUCCUUCGGAGGACACUGCUCUGAAUGAGGAUGACGUGUACCGGAGUCUUGAGGAGCUGGCAGAUGAGCAUGACGUGGGGGAGGAUGACAUCUACGACUGUGUUCCCUGUGAGGACGAUGGAGAUGACAUCUACGAGGACAUCAUCAAGGUGGAAGUACGACAACCCAUGAAAAUGGGCAUGACAGAAGACGACAAGAGAAACUGCUGCUUAGUGGAGAUCCAGGAGACUGAGGCCAAGUACUACAAGACGCUGGAGGACAUUGAGAAGAAUUAUAUGAUUCCCCUGAAGCAAGUUCUAAGUCCACAAGACAUGGGGGCCAUCUUUGUAAAUCUGGAGGAUGUGAUUAAGGUCCACUUUGCUCUGCUGAGGGCCAUCGACCUCAACAUGGUGAGCGGAGGCAACGGUCUGGGGAAGAUCUUCAUAGACUUCAAGGAAAGGUUGCUGAUCUACGGCCAGUACUGCAGCCACAUGGAAACCGCUCAGAAGACACUGGAUGAGCUCAUCACCACGCGGGAGGACGUCAAGAUGAAAGUAGAGGAGUGCACUAUGAAGGUGCAGGAGGGGAAGUUCAAGCUCCAGGACCUGUUGGUCGUGCCCAUGCAGAGAGUACUAAAGUACCACCUCCUACUCAAGGAGCUGGUGAGUCAUUCAACUGACCGACCUGAUAGACAGCAGCUGAAGGAGGCGUUGGAGGCCAUGCAGGACUUGGCUAUGUACAUCAAUGAAGUGAAGAGAGACAACGAGACCUUGAAGAAGAUUAGUGAAUUCCAGAACUCCAUCGAGAACCUUCAGCAGGUCAAACUGGAGGAGUAUGGCAGACCAAAGAUAGACGGAGAGCUCAAGGUGUCCUCCAUAGUCAACCGAACCAAGCAGGACCGGUACAUAUUCCUGUUUGAUAAAGUGGUCAUUGUGUGCAAGCGGAAAGGCUACUGCUAUGAACUGAAAGAGAUCAUUGAGCUGCAGUCAUACAAAAUGUCAGACGACCCCAUGAACAACAGGGACGUGAAGAAGUCCAGUGGAAAAAUGUGGUCCUAUGGCUUCUACCUGAUCCACCUGCAAGGCAAGCAGGGCUUUCAGUUCUUCUGUAAAACAGAGGACACCAAGAGGAAAUGGAUGGAGCAGUUUGAGAUGGCCAUGUCAAACAUCAAGCCGGAGAAAGCCACGGCCAAUCAGCACAACUUCCAGAUGCACACGUUUGAGAAGAACACCAACUGCCGAGCUUGCAAGAUGCUGCUGAGGGGGAUCUUCUACCAGGGGUACUACUGUUCCCGCUGUGGGACUGGAGCUCAUAAAGAGUGUCUAGAGUGCAUCACCAUCUGCAAAAUCAAUCCACUCGACACGGACCUUGGACUACCGUCAUCAGGCCCGAAGAUGGUAGCAGUAAGGAACUAUCAUGGGACGCCUGUUCCUCCGGGGAAGACUCCACUCUCCUUCCAGACAGGGGACUUCAUCGAGCUGCUGAAGGGGGAACCUGACACCACCUGGUGGGAGGGAAAGCUUAUCCAAACCCAGAAGAGUGGCUUCUUUCCUAACAACUGUGUAAAGCCUUGUUUGGACCCCAAGCCUUUGUUCCAGUCCUUCCCCAGCCGGCAGCCCUCAAGGGAAACAGACUACUAUGGAUACCCCUGGUUUGCUGGCAACAUGGAGCGGACACAGGCUGACAACCUGUUGAAGUCCCACAGCAGUGGAACAUACCUGAUCAGAGAGAGGACUGCUGAGGCAGAGAGGUUCGCCAUCAGCAUCAAGUUCAAUGAGGAAGUGAAGCACAUUAAAGUCAUUGAGAAAGACAGCUGGAUUCACAUCACUGAGGCUAAGAAGUUUGAGAGUCUACUGGAGUUGGUGGAGUACUAUCAGUCUCAUUCGCUGAAGGAGAGUUUCAAGCUGCUAGACACGACUUUACGAUAUCCCUACAAAUCUAAAGAACGGGGGCCGGCGUCGCGGGCCAGCACCCGCUCUCCAGGUGAGCCCAUCCCUGCAGCCAUUGGCGCUUCCUACAACUUCUCCUUCCUCAGUCCUCAGGGUCUAAACUUCUCCUCUCAGAGCUCAGCCCCCUUCUGGUCAGUAUUCACGCCGAGGGUGGUCAGCACAGCGGUGGCCAGGUACAACUUUGCAGCACGGGACAUGAGAGAGCUGUCUCUCAGAGAAGGGGACAUCGUCAAGAUUUACAGCAAGAUUGGAGGAGACCAGGGGUGGUGGAAGGGAGAGGCCAAUGACAGGAUUGGCUGGUUUCCCUCAACGUACGUUGACGAAGAAGGAGUUCAGUGAGGCUCUGAUGUCACCACGGCCCCAGUCCAAUCACAUCCCACCUCGCUCCACAGUCCUCAGAGAGGACUAUUUGGUUUCCAGGGAAACACCAUGUGGAAUACUUUUUGCUGGAUACUGAUUUUGCAGUGAACAACGUUUCUACUCCGGUUUUCUUCCUACUUGUAUUGCAUCGGCUUUGCUUAUGUUGUUUUUUUGUAAGAUCUUGUUCUGUUUGAUCUCUGUGAGGAAGUCUGUCUGACAUGGACUGUGAAAAAUUGUAGAGAGGCCCAACACACAGUACAUACAGAUACUGGGAAACUAUAGUUUUAUUACAUAGAUAGACUCCUCCUUUGUUGCAGGUCUAUGGGAGGGGCUAAUAUAAUGUAUAGAUAAUUUAUUUAACAGAGAUCCUAACAAUUAUUGUGUGUUGUUGAGAUUAGCAACACAGCAGACAAAAAGAAAAAGAACAAGACACAGGUCUGUGUCUUUUUGCUGGAAGAUUUUGCCUUAGUUGUCAUGGCGAUGCCUUGAAGGCUUACAGGAGAGAUGGAAGGAGAAAUGGCCUUGCACACACACACACACACACACACACACACACACACACACACACACACACACACACACACACACACACACUUGCCCUUGCCUUUGAAGUGUGGUCAAUGCUCACAGGAUUCGCCAGCUUUCAGUCGAGCUCUACCCAUCCAUCCUCUACUACAGAGUGGACUAUGGAUGGAGAAGAAGAGAGAAGGGGGCGAUGGACCAUUUGGGAUUGCUCCAGUCGUCAACACUCUAUGUGACUGGUGCAAGAAGGGAGUUAGUUCAUUCAUUCGUCCCCCUCGCCAACUGAAGAUAGACAGUGGCCCUCAGAAACAUUGCACUGGAGUCGGGGAAUUAACGGUCCCUGUCGUAGCCAAAAACACAGCGACCCACUGAAAGGUGUAAUGUUAGGUAGAAUGGGUGUACAGAUAGAAGGUUCACAUCAGUCUCAGCACUUUACGUCUGUGGGAUCUCCUCACAAUCAACAGGAUGCAAAAAGGGAAACUUUAAGUCAGUCACUGAAAAUCUAUCUUGGUGUUCAAUGUUUUUGUUGUUAUUAUUUUGUUUUUAUUUUGAACGAGACCACAUUUACCUGCUGGAAACUGGACCAACCUGAAUUAUUUUCAAGCCAAAUGCAACCUCUUUUUAUUAAUGUCCGCAUGAACUUUAACCUAGAUGUUUUGUAUUAUCAGUUUGUUUGUACCUUGCCUUAUUUUACAAAUGGACACAUGGUACUGGGACUUUAGCAAGUUUACAAUUGAAAUCAAAUGUUGUUGAUUUGGUGACUGGCGAAGUAAUAUGGCAGCUCCAUGAAUUACGCAGAAUCAAAAAGUCAACAUCAUACUAUGAUGAUCUACCUGAACAUAAUAUGAAGGUGUCACAAUAUGGACAUAUUGUAUGCAGUCAUACAUUUUCUAGCUCCAAGGGAAAACAGUGCAGCUACACUGGAUCAUUGACUGAAUGACCACAUCCAUUUAAUUAGAAGAUAGAGACACAGAUGGCUGCCAUAUACCCUGGUCCCAUCCCAGGUCAGUUGCCAAGUAGGCUACCCACAAUAAUCUACUGACCAGAAGGAUUCAAACAAUGAUGUUGGCUGACAAACUAAGACUGAUGUGGUGGAAGAGGAAAGAGUUUCUGACCAUAUGUGACUGUGCAUUCCAAAGGCCCACUACUCCCAAAUACAACUCCUGCCAUCUAGGAUUGAAGGAGUUCAUUUUGAGGGGAGUACUUGUUAGCUAGGGGGGGGGAUUACUUAGUCACUGUUUGUGUAGUGGAGAAACCCCAUUGCAUGUGGUAAUAGAUAUUUCAUCUCCUGUCAGUACAUCUUCAAAAAAUUACUUAAUCGUGUACAUUUUUUGGAACGGUCGAGUAUUUCCAGAAUGAGGUCUAUCAUGAAAUAAAUAUUUCUCUUUUUGCCUAAA